AUGCCUGCUGCCCAGAGCGCUCCAAGCCUCCAGCUGCGUGCGGGCCUCCGACACACACAGCGUCCCGCCGCAGCCUCCCCAGGCUGCCGGGGGCGGAUCUCCCAGGGGGCGGGAUUGGGGUUUCGGGGCCUGGACUGGCGAGGGGAACAUGGCGGUGUCUGCGCUGCAGCUGGGGGAACUGGCCCUGCACGGAGCUGCCUUUCUCUGCGGCGUCGUCUGCGCCUCGGCCUGACUGUCACCCAGGGGGAGUUUGGUGGCCGGUGUAUCCUCUAUGGGUCCGUAGACAAGAAUAGUUCGGCCCUCGCUCUGUCUCACUUCAGCAACAUCUCCCUCUGUUACUUCGUCGCCGCCAUUUCCAUCCUCAUCGCUGUGUACUGCUUUGCAGUGCUGCUCUAUGGCAUCUACAGCUGCUGCAUGGACGAGAGGCGGUGGGAUCACACCUGGCUCACUGUGAACCUGGCAGUCUCUGCUGUGAUCCUCUUCUUCCUGCUGGUCUCGGCCUGCAUCCUCCGGGUUGGGAUGGACACUCUGUGCUCAUCCAUCCUCCAAACCAAACUUGUGAAAAGCUGCCAAGAGGCCCAGCAUGUGCAGUGGUCCCCACAGUAUAAUGCAGCGAGGUUCUAUGACAAUCUCUACAGUGCUGAGGCGGCCGCCUGGGUGAAUUUCUUCUUCUGGUGUCUGCUGCUGGUCCUGUUGCUCGUGCAGCGCAGACGGGAGGCCCCGUUCCAUCUCCUGCAGCGCAACGACCCCGAGUGGAGCUCCGAGACAGACGCCAUCUUUGGUGCCGGCCACAGAGGCCGUGAGGAGACCGGGACGAACAAGCGGCCUCAGUUUGGGCAAGGGGGGAGAGUGUGUGUGUGCGUGUGAGAGAGAGAGAGAGAGAGAGAGAGAGAGAGAGAGAGCACAUACGAGGAGGGAGAGAAGAGGGCUGGAAGCAUUCUCCCCCCUCCCCCCAGUGCCUGUCCUCUGGCUUCAAGGGUGCUCUGCUUGUCGUCCUUUGGCCGUUCUGGUUCUUGAUAGUGAAGGAAGCCAAUGAUCCUGGCUGGUGUGAUCCCACUCACAGUCCCAACCUCCAGUACAUGUCUGCUCCCACCUCCACCCCUACAGAGGGGGUGGGCCAGGGCUAGGGUUCACCUCGCACACAGGCACCCUACAGGGGGGGGGUUCUGGAUAUGAGAGGAUCUCAGCACAGACAUGAGCUGUGCAGCGCUCCUUGACAUCCCCACCGGAACCCACUGUCGACACUGCAGGUUUUGUAAGCCUUGGAUCUGGGGGACACCGGCAGCCACAUCCAAUCCCCCCUCCCCCGAAGCUCUCUGAUGUCAGUGUGAUGGGCUUUAUGUAAGACCAUGGCGUGCAUCUGCCUUAGAUACCAGAGACACUGGGAGUGCAUGAGCCCAUCCCAGCUGGGCAUGUGUAAUCACAGAACUAGCUCAGUGGAGGCAGAGCAUUUCUUCUUGGGGAGUGGGGAAAGGAGGGGUUGGAGCGGCCCCCUGCCUGGGUGGGAGAGACAAUCCCCAGCAGCGCCACCGUGACACUAGUUACAGGAUGUGGGGCCAGGGGAAGCCCUUGAAACCCAAGUGCCAACGGGGUGGGUGUUUGAUUGUCCAAAGCUGGUUGCCAUACCCUCUCAGCAAGAGGGCACCUCAUUUCAGGAGCCAAAGAGAGAAUGCCAGCUGCCUAAGUGCAGCAAUCCUGCUGGGCCAGCAAGUGCCUUCCACAGGGUGUAUGAAGACCAGAGCAAGAGGGAAGGGCCAAUUCAUGCCUAAAUGCCUCUGCAGACCCCCUCCUGCUCAGGGGUCGGGAUCUCCUCGCACUAAACCUUGCACCGUUAUUGUAUGUGGAACUGGGCCCGUUUCUUGUGCUUUUUCAUUUUGUACUAAACCUUGUUAUUAAAAGGAUGAUUUUCACCAGA